AUGCAGUCUAGGAUGGAGGAAGGGAAGGACCCUGCUGCAUUGAGAACUACUCCCUCUAGGCCCUUUCCUUUGAGGCUUCUGCAGUUCUUCUUGGUAUUUUUGGUUAUUGGCCUGGGUGCUUCGUUUCUUAGCAUGUAUAUGAUUAGGCAUUUUAGUAUACAUAAUGUGGCUUUGGUACAGUCUACUCUUAAGCCUUGCUUUCAGCAGCCGUUGACCGUAGAAAGUUGGAUUAGGCCUCCAUUCAGUUUGCUGCAUACCAUGAAUGACACUGAACUCUUUUGGCGAGCUACUUUUGUUCCAAGGAUCAAGGGUUAUCCUUUUAAAAGAACUCCCAAGAUUGCGUUCAUGUUCUUGACCAAGGGACCCUUGCCAAUGGCACCACUCUGGGAAAAGUUCUUUAAAGGGAAUGAGAAGCUUUAUUCAAUCUAUGUUCAUUCGCUGCCAUCAUAUAGUGUGGAUUUUCCACCAUCAUCAGUUUUUCAUAGAAGACAGAUCCCAAGCCAGGUUGCAGAGUGGGGAAUGAUGAGUAUGUGUGAUGCUGAAAGAAGACUUCUGGCUAAUGCAUUGCUUGAUUUCUCAAAUGAAUGGUUUAUCCUCUUAUCUGAGUCCUGCAUUCCUCUCCAGAACUUCAGCAUUGUGUACCUUUACAUAUCACGCUCGAGGUAUAGCUUUAUGGGUGCUGUGGAUGAACCUGGUCCUUAUGGGAGAGGACGCUAUGAUGAAAACAUGGCACCUGAGAUCAACAUGAGUGACUGGCGUAAGGGGUCUCAGUGGUUUGAAAUUAACCGGGAACUUGCUGUACGGAUAGUUGAAGACAGUACUUACUAUCCUAAGCUCAAAGAAUUCUGUGUACCACACAAAUGCUAUGUUGAUGAGCACUAUUUCCAGACAAUGUUAACGAUUAAGACUCCUCAUCUUUUGGCAAAUCGAAGCCUCACUUAUGUGGACUGGUCAAGGGGUGGAGCUCAUCCAGCUACUUUUGGGAAGGAUGACAUCAAAGAGGAAUUCUUCAAGAAAAUUUUGCAAGACCAGACAUGUCUUUAUAAUAACCAGCCAUCUUCUCUUUGCUUCUUAUUUGCAAGAAAAUUUUCACCUAAUGCUUUAGACCCUCUUUUAGACAUAGCAACCAAAACUCUAGGAAUUUGA